AUGAAGACCACCUUAAUUUUGCUGAGCCUUUUAGGAAUGGCAUGUGCUUUCUCAAUGAAAAAUUUAUAUCGAAGAGCCAAGUUGGAGGAUUCUGAAGAAAAUAGGGUCUUUAAAUUCAGGCCACAAUAUUAUCUUUACAAGCAUGCCUUCUUUUAUCCUCCUCUGAAACGGUUUCUAGUUCAGGGCAAUAGUGACUCAUCUGAAGAAAAUGGAAACGGUGAUAGUUCAGAAGAGGAGGAGGAAGAAGAGGAGUCUUCAAAUGAAGAAGAAAAUGAGGAGAAUGAAAAUUCUAAUGGAAAUGAAGAUGAAGACUCUGAGGCUGAGAACACUACACUUUCUACUACAACACUUGGGUAUGGAGAGGAGAAUACACCUGGAACAGGGAGCAUAGGAUUAGCUGCAAUCCAGCUUCCUAAGAAGACUGGAGAUACAGGAAACAUUUCCGAAAAGGAGGAAAGUGAUGAAGAAGAAGAGGAAGAAGAAGAGAAUGAAAAUGAAGAAAAUGAAGAAAAUGAAGCUGAAGUGGAUGAAAAUGGGCAAGGCAUAAAUGGCACCAACACCAACAGCACAGAUGUAGAAAAUGGCAAUGGUAGCAGUGGUGGAGACAAUGAAGAAGAAGGAGGUGAAGAAGAAAGUGUCACUGAAGCUAAUGUGGAAGGUACCCCAAUGAAUGGAGAACAGAACAAUGGUGGCUUGAAAACAACCACCUCUCCAAAUGCUGUGUUUGAACCCACAACACUACGACAGAUCCAUGUGACCACAACCGCACCAUUUGGAGAAACCACCACUACUGGGUAUGAGGGUGAGUAUGAGCAAACAGGCACCAAUGAAUACGAUAAUGGAUAUGAAGUCUAUGAAAAUGAGAAUGGAGAACCUCGUGGGGACAAUUACCGAGCCUAUGAAGAUGAGUACAGUUACUUCAAAGGGCAAGGUUAUGAUGGCUAUGAUAGUCAUAAUUAUUACUACAACCAGUGA